AUGAUGGAGAGGUCGCAGCUGGAGGUGCUGGCCACGGCGGCGCAAGGCGGAACCGAGGGGACGUCGGUGCUGAGCAUGCUCAAGUAUGCCGUACUGCCCAUCGCCAAGGUGUUCACUGUCUGCUUCAUGGGGUUCCUCAUGGCCUCCAAGUACGUCAACAUUCUCCAGCCCAACGGCCGCAAGCUUCUCAAUGGGCUUGUGUUUUCCCUUCUGCUUCCAUGCCUUAUAUUUUCCCAAUUGGGUAGAGCAAUCACUAUCGAGAAGAUGAUACAAUGGUGGUAUAUUCCAGUAAAUAUUGUUGUAGGCGCAGUAGCCGGCUCUUUGAUUGGAUUUGUUGUGGCAUCUAUCAUCCGACCUCCAUAUCCAUACUUCAAGUUCACUAUUAUCCAUAUAGGAAUAGGAAAUAUUGGAAAUAUUCCUCUGGUCCUCAUUGCAGCGUUAUGUCGGGAUCCUUCUAACCCAUUUGGUGACUCUGAUAAAUGCAAUCAAGAUGGGAAUGCGUAUAUCUCAUUUGGCCAAUGGGUUGGUGCAAUUAUUGUUUACACAUAUGUAUUCAAGAUGCUUGCUCCACCACCAGGACAGACCUUUGAUGGUUCUGAAGAGGAUGAACUCCCAAUCAAGGCAUCUGGAGAGAAUACAGUGCCCCAAAUAGGAAAUUAUCCUAUGAACACUCACACUAAUACUGUACCAGAGAAUGAACCGUUGUUAUCUGCUGGGGAAGUCCAAAAUGAACGUGCCACUUCUGUAGGAACAAAGAUAAUGGGCUAUGUUAAAUGUGUGGUUAAGUUCCUGAAAGACAAGCAGCUUCUCCAGCCACCGAUUAUUGCAUCUGCAUUCGCAAUUGUAAUCGGUGUUAUCCCAUUCUUGAAGAAUUUUGUCCUUACAGAUGAUGCCCCUCUGUUCUUUUUCACAGACAGCUGCCUCAUUCUUGGAGAAGCUAUGAUCCCAUGCAUUUUACUUGCUGUUGGGGGCAAUCUUGUCGAUGGCCCUGGUGAAGGAAGUAAGAGGCUUGGUGUCCGUACCACCGUUGCUAUAAUUUUUGCACGGUUGAUCUUGGUCCCUCUUGCUGGGGUUGGCAUUAUCAUAUUAGUUGAUAAACUUGGUUUCAUUCCCAAAGAUGAUAAAAUGUUCAAGUUUGUCCUGCUACUGCAGCAUUCUAUGCCCACAUCAGUGCUGUCAGGUGCUGUUGCAAAUCUGAGAGGGUGUGGAAAAGAAUCAGCUGCAAUUUUGUUCUGGGUUCACAUUUUUGCUGUGUUCUCCAUGGCAGGAUGGAUUAUUUUCUAUCUGAGCUUGCUCUUCUAA